GACCUGACGAUCUCCGUGACAACGGGCUUCGUGUCGCCUUCGGUCUGCACGAAGGCGGCCUACAUCCGGACGAAGCCGGUCGUGUUGAACUGGGAGGUCUACGGAUUCGGCGGCAACUUCGCGUGGGCGCCGCUGGGCGGCGCGGCGGGGCCGACCGACCAGGCCCGUUCGCCGAACGUUGUUAGCUUCGCGCCCUUCACCUUCGACGCGGAGACCGACUACGCUCUGCGCGUGACCGCUGCGUUCCAGGACACUACUCCGACGGCACUGCUGCCCGAGGUGGUCUUCAACCUCUCCUUCAACCCCGCGCCGCCCCCCGUCGCCGUCAUCGCUGGGCCGACGACGGCCACGUCCUCGUGCGCCUUCUCCCUGAGCGGCGCGGGCUCCUACGACAUGGGAGCCCGGGACCUGGAGGCCUGCGUGUACGACUACAGCAGCCUCGGCUACGCGGACUGCGACGCGGCCAUCGCCUCGUUCGCCGCCGCCGGCCAGGUCAUCACCUGCCAGUACCUGGAGUCGCAGGUCCUCUGGUUCUGCAACGGCUGCGAGUGCGCCGGCGAGGAGGAGGGGCUGUACCAGACCCCGAUGGUGACGUACGCCUGGUCGUGCGUUGCUGUUCCCGACGGCGUCCACAGCCCCGUGUGCCCGCCGCUCACCAGCGCAAUGGGGGCCUCGGCGGAGCGUCUGACCAUCGACGGAGGGCUGUUGCCCCCAGGCACCUACGAGUUCCACCUAGUGGUGGGCCGCUCGACCGCGGUGGACGUCAGCGGCACCGCGGUCCACACCCUCGUUGUGGGCCUCUCCGGGCCACCGCCGGUCGAGAUCGCCGUGCCUUGGUCGGCCAUGGACCAGGUCUCGAUGCAGGUCGGGGGCUUCUCCUCGACCACCGCCACCCUGCACGGCGGCGCGGCGUGCCCGGUGUCCACCUCGUGGUUCUUCGCGUGGGCCCUGGUGUCCCCGUCGGAGGCCAUCACCGUGGUCACCCCCGGGCUCAACGGCUCCAACGGCACCUCCGAGACGCUCCAGGAGUGGUCCGUGGAGAUGCUGCUGGACACGCAGGUCCAGGAGGCGGACCUGGGCGCGCUGGCGACGACGACGGCGGGCGGCAUCCGCGACCAGCUCACGGCGGGCCAGACGUACUCCCUCGUGCUCCUCAUUCUGCCCCAGGACUCGCCCCCGCCAGAGCCGGUCCUGCAGGGGCUGAGCACGGUCUCGGCCUACGAGGCCCUGGGCGUGUCCGCCGUGUUCUCCGCGGCCUUCGUGGCCGACGGCACGCCGACGCCCGGCGUCGUGGCCGUGAGCCCGCCGUCGGGCUUCGCUGUCGUGACGUCCUUCGCCAUCUCCACGGUCGCGUGGACCGACGAGGAGCCCUCGUCGCUCGAGUACGCGAUCUACCGCUUCCCGCAGUCGGGGCCGACCGAGAGCUGGGUGCCCCCGGCCAUAGAUUUCGAGGACCCUCAGAGCAAGACGUACUGGUCGAAGCUGGGAGGGACGCUCAUGCAGAACUUCGAGUCCUCGGCGGUGCUCACAGACAUCGUUCUGCCCACAGGGAUUUUCUUCUUCUUGGUGAGGGCCAGGGAUAGCCUGGGUGCCGUCGGCACAGCCACGAUGCCUGGCGUGGAGGUCACCGUCUCGGAGCAGGAGCUGAGCCCCUCCGACCUCUCGUCCGCCUUCGACUCCGCCAUGACCUCGGGCGACCCGGGCGCGAUCCUCGGCACGCUCGGGGCGGUGACCUCGGCCACGGCGGCCGGAGGCAACGAGACGCUGAAGCAGCUCGCGGUGCAGGAGUCGCUGAAUGCGCUCACGUCCGUCGUCGGCAUAUUCCAGCCCGACUCCGCUGGCGUUACGCAGCUCGGCUCGACCAUCAGCUCCAUGGUCUCCGCCAGCAGCGGUUCCAUGAGCGUGGACAACCUCUUCGCCGUCUUGAACGUCACGUCGUCGGUGAUCGGCGUCGUCCGCGGCGUCGGCAGCAGCGGCAUGGACGGCGCAGGCGGCAGCGCGAUGCUCAGCAGCCUCUCCUCGCUCAACGCGGCCAGCUCUCCGUCCUCGGGGGCUCGCUGGGGCAGGACAGCCAGCAGGUCGUUUAAAGAGCAGCAGGCGCUUGCAAACACGGCGAUCGAGGUGGCGAACCAGCUCGGGACGGCGGUUGCCGAGCCGAUGACCGCCGGCACGGAGACGACGCUCGACGGGACGGACGCCAGCGGAACCGGGGCCCAGAUGGGUGUGUCCAAGGUGGUCUCUCUCUCGGCGCAGAGCUCGGCCGUGUCCGGCCUCUCGUGGGGCGGGCGGCGGCUGUCGGCGCCGUGCACGGAUAUCCACAUCCAGCAGACCAGAUCGGCAGCAACCCGCACGCGUACGCGGAUCCCGCGUUGGGCGAGGUGUUGCCGCUGGCGAGGGGUCCGCUGA